AUGGUCGGCACGGCGGCGCAGCAUUUCGUGGCGGUGCACGGCGUCGGGCACGGCGCGUGGGUGUACUACAAGGUGAAGCCCCGCAUGGAGGCCGCCGGUGUGAGGUUUACUCCGGUGAGCCUUGCCGCUGCCGGGAACAAUGGGAAGAAGCUGGAAGAGGUGCGGUCGCUGCACGACUACACGACGCCGCUGCUGGAGGUUUUGGCUGCCGUCCCCGCCGGCGAGAAGGUCGUGCUUGUGGGACACAGCGGCGGCGGAUACCCCGCCGCCUACGCCAUGGAGAAGUUCCCGGAGAAGAUCUCCGUCGCCGUCUUCGUCAAUGCUCUCAUGCCUGACACCAAAAACCGGCCAUCCUACGUCAUUGAUGAGUACCUGGCGAGGACUCCGCCGGAGGCUUGGAUGGACACACAAUUCCCGACCUACGGGGAUCCGCCAAUCACAGCAUUGGUGGUGGGCCCCAAGUUCAUAUCCGACUCCCUCUACAAUUUGUCUCCAGUUGAGGACCAGGCGCUGGGGCACCUGUCGGUGAGGCCAGGCUCGCUGUUCAUGGAAGACCUGGCCACUAUGGACAAGUUUUCCGACGACAAAUUUGGGUCGGUGCGGCGGGCGUACAUUGUCGCGGCGGACGACAAAACUAUUCCGGCGGAGUUCCAGCGGUGGCUGAUCGAGAACAAUCCGGUGGCGGAGGUGAAGGAGAUCAAAGGCGCCGAUCAUAUGCCGAUGUUCACACAGCCUGACGCCCUCUGCAAGUGUCUGCUUGAGAUCGCCCAGAAGCACGCCGCCUGACCGUCCGACGGCCUGCCGGCGGACGGCCGGGAUUGCUUUUAUUUUUCUCGAUGCUUCAAUUUCUAUGUCAGCACUGAGACAAUAAUGAUAUCACGGUUUUAUUCAUUAAAUUUAAAAAGGAACUCUAAUUCCAAUUAAGAAUUACAAUGAUGAAAUCUGCUGCAAAUCUAAAUAAGCCAUUUAUAUAAUAAAAGUUUAUACUUCUAUUUUAAAAAGU